AUGACAGAUGCCCCGGACCAGGAGAUGCCUCAGAGCAUCAUGCAUCAGGUGAUCAUCAGGUGUGAGGAAGAGACAAGCAUCUUGACGAGCUACCCAACUGGAAGGAACUGCUUGAGGCGGAUCUGCUCCUGCUGUUCGUCCACAGACCGGUGCCUCUCUCGGAUGGCUAAAGCACCGAAGAAGGGCUCUGCCGAAGAAGCCAAAGAAAGCGAGGAGGCCAAGAAAGCUCGAAAAAGCGCUGAGGCCCUGAGGGGAAGCGUGGCCAAGAUGGGUUCCUCGGAGCGUGCCCAGUGGUACCGCCAAGAGAAACGGAAGCGGGCAACCGAGUCAAAGAAAAGCCGCAGGACCUUCGCAACGGCAGUGGGGGCCUUGGAAGAGACUCGCCAGACUGGGAACGAAGAUUGCAGCGGCUCACGAUACAUGACCCCCCGCGACUGGUGCGCACGGGAAAUGAUCCUGAAGCAGUACAGUACCUUGGAGGAUGCUAUGGUAGCCUACGAGCAGCGCUGCACAGAUCCGGACGUUGUGACCAAGGAGAUCAACGGGGAACUCUGCCUCCGGGUCAACAACGGAGGUCUGGAAAAUGUCGUGGACCGCCAUACCGUUGCAGCAUCCGUGCGGCAGCGGACUGACCUUGGCGAUGGCGAGCAGCUUGAUGGUUUCGAAGAGGAAAUCGGACCUCGCAUGAAACGUGCUUCUGACAAGCUCCAAACAGAGCGGCUUCUGUCAGAGCAGCAGGGCAAGCAGGCCUACGUUCCGGCCGUCGCGGUGCGACGAGAUUUGGAGCAAGAGAAGGAAGUUGCUGAGAACAGAGCUGCUGAAUUUCAGCAGCAAGCCUUGGCACUCAAGGAGAAAGCUGAUCAAAAGAGGAAAGAGUUGAAGGAGAAGCAAGCAACCCAGCUUCCCUCCUUGGCAGUGGCAAAGCUCAGCCUCACCAACGCUAUCCACAAGGCAAAUGCUUCGAUGUCCGAGCUGUUGAAGCGUCAGAAGGCCACAGCAGACACCUUGUGCAAGGACUUGACGAAUGCUUUGUGCAUGUCAGACGUCCCCGUGAAGAGAGAAGCCGAGGAAAAGACGAAAGUGCUGAAUGGCAAGAUCAAGGACCUGGAGACUGCCAUGGAGGAGUCCAUCGCAGAAUGGAACACCAAGGCUGGUGACGAAAGCCUUGACAUCGAAGCCAUGGUGUCAAUGGAGAAGGAUCUGGCAGCCUACAUGAAGGAGUGGCACCUUGGCAAGCACUGCCAGGCAGUGUUGGACACGAAGCAGCAGAUUAAAAACUUCCGCGAAUUCACCUCAGACUGCAAGAAGGAGGUGAAGAAGCGGGACAAGCUGGCCGCGAAGGCGACAGUGAGGGGUUCGAACAAGAAGGCCAAGCUUGAUCAUCCGAACAGCCAGGCAGCUGCCGAGACCCCCGCCUUGGUGGUCAAUCUGUUGAAGCACCUCAAGGAGAACCCGCUUCCCGAUGAAAUCAUCAACUGCGCAACGGAGCCAGAGGAUGAGAUGACAGUGCCCCUUCUGCUCCCACCAACGCCGAUGGAAGGCUUUACCCGGGAUGUGACCCGGCACGAGUAUUACAGCGAGCAAAAGAAGUGGGUGGAGCAGAUGCUGCUGAGGAGCAGCCAGAAGUAUUCGUGUGCGGUGGUCACCAGAGACAAUGUGGCCAGGCCCUUCUUGCAGCAGCUGGACCAGAUCCUGCCGGUGCCACUGCGUUCCGUGGCACGACCCUCGAGCAAGGAGCUGCAAGAGAUCUGGCAGUUGUACUUUUACCAGAUGGCCGGGGACUCCGGCCGCCUCUCGAUGUCCACUGACUGGGGCUUGCCCGAAUUGCGCAUCUGCUGCGAAGGCAAGGAGAUCUACUUGGGGUUCCCCGUGAAGAAGCUAGCCGGCAACACGACGGCCGAGAUGCUGCAGCACCUGGAGCGGAUGCGUGCAGAAGAGUUCCUCACGGCAGUUGAGCGGGAUGGCUGGUGUGUGACAUGCCGCCCUGGGAGGGGAGUCGUGCUGCCCACGAAUUGUUUGUUCGUUCAUCUGAGCCUGCAGGGACCUGAGACCUGCCACGGAGCCAGGAUUCACAUCGUGUCUGACAAAAGCCUCCAGACGGCUCUCACUCACCUGGAGAGGCAGGUCCAACAGGACCCGACACUGGAGUCCAAAAGAACCGGCCAGCUGCUGAAGUGGAUCCGCGAGAGGUGA